AUGUCGGACGAACCCGAGAACCCAGACCCUGCGGAAAACCCUGACCAGGGCCCCAGCGAGGAGGCUCUCAAGGCCGAGGAGGAGCGGCAGAGGAGGGAGGAGGAGCGGCUCAAAAAGGAGGAGGAAAUCAAGAAGGUUGAGGAGGCGCUGAAAGGAGCACUGUCAGGCCUGUCCAAAACCAAUGAUGGCACCGCCUUCGCCUUCGUGCGCCUGAACCUAGCCGAGAAGGAGCUGGAGCAACUGCACGGUACCCUUGAUCACCUGGUGCACGUGCGUUACAUCGACCUCUCCGGCAACGCCCUGACCUCCGCGGGGUGUCUGGGCAAGCUGCCCAGCGUGGCCUGGCUGAAUCUAUCCAAAAACCAGCUGCCCAGCUUGGCCGAGUUCGAGCAGGGCUUUGAAAGCGUGCAGAACUUGAAUCUUUCGGGCAACAAGCUCAAGGAGCUGCCGGCCUUGGCCCUGCCAGCCCUGCGGAGACUCAGCCUCACUGAGAACGAGAUCCGCAGCGCGGAGGGCUUCAAAGGGCACCCUGGACUGGAGCUGCUUGAGCUGCGCAAGAACCAGCUGCGGAAGUGCAAGGGCCUGGGGGCCAUGCCUGCCCUUAAGGAACUCUACCUCGGAGAGAAUGAAAUCUCGGACUUGAGGGGACUGGAAGAUCUUCCCCGUCUGGAGAGACUACACGUCCGGGCCAACAAGCUGAAGGGCUUUCUUUCACCUUUCCCCCACCUGCCCGCUCUCCAACACCUCAAUCUCCGCGAAAACCAGUUGGAGGCGCUUGACUCGUUGGCAGUGCUGCGGGUGGCGUCGGUGAACCUGCAGGGCAACCCCUUCAACGAAGAGCUGGGGGAAGCCGCCCGCAAGGAGGUCAUCUUGCGAUUCCCGGCCUUCCGAAGGGUCAACAAAGCCGACGUGACCCGCGAAGAGCGCGAGGAGUGGAUCCGCGAGUGGAAGGAAAAGGAGGCCGAGCGCGAGCGGGAGAGGCUCGAGAAGGAGGAGGAGGAGCGCAAGGCCCGCGAGGAGGCUGAGGCGGCAGGAGCACCUCCUGAGGAUGCCUGCCUCACCAGUCACUCCCGCAACGUCUCGAUCCUGCUCCAAGGCUACCUCGACCGAGCCACCCAGCAGGCCAUGCCCCGGCCCAGGCCCGCGACGCCUGCCUGGCUGCGGGCCCUGGUCAGGCCCCGAGACCCCUACUCGGGCAAGGUGCUCGAGCAGCAGCGGGUCUACGAUCGGCAGAGCCGGCGGGCGAGCAUCAUCACGGGGCUGCCGGUAGCCCACGCGGAGACGAUCAAGAAAUACCCUCGGCUGUCGCUCUAG